UACAAGUGCAUAUACGUUUUAGAUCCGUUGUCCUUGAUUAUUCAUUCAUUGGGCGGAUCAGCUGAUAUUUGUUUACUUGAGACGCUUGUCAAGUUACACAUUCCAUCUGACAGUGUAAAGUGACACGUAGGAAGGCCAGAGCAGUUUAGAAGUGAUUCGCCCUCAACUUGGACGAGGCAUCAGGUAUUCGUCACCUGGUAUACACAGCCCUCAACCCGCAGCUGAAAGUAUAACCAGUAAAGUCUAGCAACGGUAAUAUGUCCUUCCCUCUACUGCCACACCUCCAAGAAGUGCCUAUGGUAUGCGUAUGCCCUAGAUAGACUGGUAUGAACAUGCCAGUGAGCGGCCUGAAGCUGCGGGUGAGGCAACUGCGCCCACACUUGCCCCGCCAUGAGCCUAGAACUCAGCAUGUGGUGCAGACCCCAAUCACAGUUUCUAAGAUGAGGUGGGUGGACAUUGCACUGCGGUCUAUCAGAUUGCUGUUCGAGGCUCUGUCACGGUUUGUGUUUGGAAUCAUAUAUUAUGGGGAACCUCACAAGCCGCUGCCCCCCAUCAACAACCUCAUUUUGCUAGAGAGUGCCACAUCAUUGGCCACCAAGAUACGAACGAAGAAGCUGACAAGUGUUGAAGUGGUGAAGUCCUUUAUUGGACGCAUCAAGGAGAUAAACCCCAUACUGAAUUGUGUUGUGGAUGACCGGUUUGAUGAUGCAGUCAAGGAUGCAAAAGCUGCUGAUGACCUUAUACGAUCAGGAACAGUGGAUGAACAAACCCUCUCAAAAACCAAACCAUUCCUUGGUGUUCCCUUCACUACUAAAGACUGCAUGGCUGUGAAAGGAUUGCGACAAACAGCAGGCCUUCAUUCAAGGAAAAACUUUAUAGCAGAGGAAGAUGCCGAUGUUGUGCACCUCAUGCGAGAGGCUGGAGCAAUCCCCCUCUGUGUUACAAAUGUGUCAGAACUCUGUAUGUGGUGGGAGAGCUCCAACACCAUUUAUGGGAGAACUAACAAUCCUUACCGUUCCUGCCGUAUUGUAGGAGGCUCCUCUGGAGGAGAGGGAUGUUUACAAUCUGCAUGUGGAUCACCCUUUGGUAUUGGAUCAGAUAUUGGAGGAUCAAUACGCAUGCCGUCUUUCUUUAAUGGCAUAUUUGGUCACAAACCCACUUAUGGCAUAGUAAGUAAUAUAGGUCAGGAACCUGUUGCAACUGGAGAAGCUAUGGAGUUCCUAGUGACGGGACCCAUGUGUCGAUAUGUACAAGACUUGACACCCAUGAUGAAGGUUCUGGGUGCAAACAAUUCUCACAUGCUUACACUUGACCAGAAGGUGGAUAUCAGCAAGCUCCGAUAUUUUUAUGUGGAGGACGAUGGUGGUUCUCCACUUGUGACACCUGUUCACCCAGAACUUCGUGCAGCUCAAAAGAAAGUUAUAAAUCAUCUUGAGAAAGCAUAUGGCAUUAAAGCUAAAAAGAUUACCUUAAAAAAGCUCAAAGCAGCAUUACCAAUGUACUUUGCCAAACUAGCUAGUGUAGAGGAAGCUCACACAUUUUGUGAAGAAUUAGCACUAAAGAAGGGAAGCAUCAAUGUUUGGACUGAGCUUCUGAAGUGGAUGUUCCGGUUAUCUCAUCACACACUACCAGGCCUGCUGCUUGGUGUCCUGGAGAAGUUGAACAGUCAGAGCAAGAGGUCAGAAGAUUACCCAAAGCUCCUCACAAUGUGCACUGACUUGAAACAGGAGAUAAAGGAACUUUUGGGUGACGAUGGUGUGCUCCUGUUUCCUAGUCAUCCCACUCCAGCCCCUUAUCAUGGGCAACCACUCUUCCGUGCCUUCAACUUCGUCUACACAGCAGUAAUAAAUGUCCUGCUGUUCCCAUCCACACAGUGUCCUUUAGGCUUAGGGUCAGAGGGUCUUCCUCUUGGCAUUCAGGUGGUUGGUAAUCACUACAAAGAUCAUCUGACUCUUGCAGUUGCAGGAGAACUAGAGAAGGCCUUUGGGGGCUGGGUUUGCCCAUCUGAAGUACGCUAAUUCCAGCAAGAAAAGCCAUUUCAAGAAAGUCAUGUUUCCUGUUUUAUAUGGAGAACUCUUAGAAGGAGAUGAUCUGUUUUUUGUGGCAAAGUUAAAAAAAAAAAGAUUUUGCAUUUUGUGUUACCAUUUUUUUUCUUUGAUUUUAACAUGUAAACACUGCCAUGCAUGAAAUGGACAUUUUUAUUGUAUAAUAACUGAAUUAGCACAACCCCUCACUUCAGUUUCUGAUAAUAGAUUCCAGCAUGUUACCUGUAUUUUACCCCAUCUGUGCCCAGGAUGGUUUUUCACUGAUGGGCAUUGCUCUGAGAGCAGUACGUCUUUUUUUUUUUCUUCUUCAUCUUCUUUCGUUCUUUCCACACUGUCUUUUUCUUUGGUAUUUUGUUAUGCAUAUUUAUAUUAUUUAUUGUCACUUUGAGACAAUAUUUUGUCUUUCAUUGAAGAUCUCUUUAUGAAGAGGAAAUGAGAGUAUUUGAUUUGAUAUACAUACUACUUAAAAUUUGUAAAUCAUUGCUCAUAAAAGAGAAUAAUUAGUCUUUUAAUAAAGGGUUUAUUUUACAAGUUCUAAAGUUAAUCCAGAAAGCUAAUAUUCAGCAAUGCCGUCUUCAUUUUAAGCCCCAUAAACUCCAUGGAAGUUUUACAAUUAACUGUAUUUGCACUUUGUUAUUAUUCUUUUGUGUCAAAUGGGCUAUAUACUUCUUUCCUCAGAGUCUGGUGCAAGGAUGAUGCCUUUUGCAUUAAUAACAUGUAAAACUAGUUGCUGACUUUGUUUGAGUAAUUCAGUAUAGCCCACCAUCAUGUCAGUUAUGAGACUUGUUUAAGUACCAUGAUCAUAAUUUUUAGGGCAUUAACCUUAGUGCUUCUUGAUAAAUGUGAUAGUGAAAGAAGCUAGAAUUAUUUAUUCAGUGGAUGAUCAGCUAGCAAAGUUCAGAUCAUUCCAUUAAUUCCAUUUGUAUGGAGAGAAAUUUUGAAAGAUAUUUGAUUUUAAGAUGAAAACUUCAGCCAGAUGAAAGAUACAGAAGUAAAAAUAGAUGAUACAGUACAUGCAGUAUCCACUUCAGUUCCUAUUGCCUUUUUUACUGUUACAUUGCUUCUCCACUCUUCCCUAAACCGUGUGAAAAUGUUAGUGGUGACUAAAUUUCCCAGUGAGUAGUAGUAAAGAGAUAAAUAUUUCUACAUAUUACUAACUCAGAGACCUAACCAUCUGUAGAUAGUGUCAUUUAGAAGCAAAGAUAUGGCUUGUAUACUAGCUAUUUGUGGGUUGACUCUUGUGACAAACCCAUAUCCUGUUGUCCCAGAUGCCUGCAUAGUAGUUGCCUUCUCAUUCAUUGGUGUAUGCACAGCCUGUAAUGCUACUUUUUGUUUACUUAUGCUGUAGAAAUAUUUCCUCAUUAUUGCAACAUUUUUUCACUGCUGUCAUUAUCACUUUACUACUCGUACUUUUUUUGAAAAACAAAUUUCAUACUUUUCUAGCCAAGAUACUUACAGCUUUAUAAAUGAUAAUAGAAUUUUAAUUGUUGUUAGCCAUAUUUAUUUUUUUGCAAAACACAAGAAAAUAAGAAUAAGCUUUAGGUAAACCAAAAUACACUAGAAGUUGUCUUGAUGUUAUAGAUAUUUGUUGUAGUUUUCCCAAAGAAGAUUCUAAUCAAUGAAAUAUUCAGAUGUAUUAGUCACUAUAUAUUUUCUAGUGCUGUCAUUGAGUUUUAUAUUUAUUUGAUUUUGUAAUGUGAUUUCUCACUAAAGUUACUAUUCCUGGUAACUUGAUAUUUUUGUAUCCAUUAGAAUUUACUAAGCACAUUUAUUCUAUUACUGUUAAAUGCAAUGUGCUGUGGUAUUGUAGGUAAACAGUUGCAUGUAAGGUUCUCUUUAAAGGUUAUGUGCUCUUUUCAUUAAAAUAGGGGAAAACAUUCCAAACGUGACUUGGUAAAUUGAAUCACAUAAAUGAUUAUUGAACACUUAAUGCCCAAAAUUCUGAUUUUAAGUGCCUUAAUGUUAAGAAAAUAAUUAUCUUGACCUGAAAUUAAUUUCCCUAUGUAGGAUCUGUAAUCCAGGUUGAUUUGGUGCUUUGGAGAAAAUAAUCCCCAUUGUAAAUUUGGACUCUGACCAUAUGUAAUCUUUCCUGAAGGUAUUUAAUUCUGAGUGUAGUUGUUCUAAAGUUUGGUGGAAAAACAUUAGGAAAAAAAUAAAUAACAAGUUUCCUUAUGUACUGAAGCAGAUUCAUAAUAUAUAUAUAUAUAUAUAUAUAUAUAUAUAUAUAUAUAUAAUAAUAAUGUUUAAUUGUGGAAUCAUGUUGGUGCAUGUCUUUACACUAUCAUAUUUUAAGAUGUAUUAUUUUGAAGGAAAACAGAGGCAUUAAAUGUUUUGUAAUUAGUAUUUACUUUUUGUUUUUUCUUUUACUUUUUGUGUGUCUGAUGCUAUUACUACUGUUAUUUUGUUUUGCAACAACAAAAUGAAUCCUAGAAAAAAAGUAUUAAUACAGUUAAUAAACUGUAUAUUAUGUAA